CUCGCAGCGGUUUGAAGAAGGAUCUCGGUGGCUCUAAUGGAUUCUCUUUGCGGAGUGGUAGGAAUUUUCAUUCUGCUGGUUUGCUGAUUGGAACAAAGUAAGCAUGACAAAGACCUCAUCAAGAAACAACGGUUGCCUUACUCAGAGGCGGGAGUGUCCAUGUGGGGACUCAAAAUGUAUUCUUAAAGUGGAAGGAGAAGAUGAUGAUCCUGUAGUGGAAUCAUCGGUAGAGCCUAGCUUCCCACAAGCAAUAACCCAAAUACCUCAAGAAAUAGUUUCUGUUGAUACCCCUCCAUAUGUAGGCCAAUCUUUUCAAACUGAUGAUGAAGCCCAAGAAUACUAUACCAACUUUGCUAGGAAAAAUGGUUUCGCAAUAAGACGAGAACGCUCAAAGGGAAACCCGUCACAUCCUCUAGGAGUUUAUAAACGCGAGCUUGUCUGCCAUCGAGCUGGCAUUUCUCUCCCUAGAAAAACAGCGGAACUAAAGCGUCAAAGGAAUAAAAAAUCUUCACGUUGCAAAUGCGAGGCUCAAAUGAUCAUAAAAAAGAAUGUCUCGAAGGGGGUUUCUAGAUGGAUGGUGGUUCAUUUUAGUAAUGUUCAUAACCAUGAGUUGUUGGAUAGUGAGGAAGUUAGACAUCUCCCUGCUUAUCGUAAUAUUUCUUCAAUAGACCGAGAGCAUAUUCUAGCUCUUGCAAAGAACGGGCUAAGUGUAGGUACUAUUAUGAGGACCAUUGAGGUGGAAAAAGGUGUAAAGCCCCGUCAACUGACAUUUACUGAAAGGGACCUUAGAAAUUUCCUUCAGGCUUCCAAAAACAUUAAUAGAGAGAAUGAAGGAGCUGAGCUUCUUAACGCUUGCAAAGCUAUGUCAGACAAGAACAUGGAUUUUCGUUAUGAUUUCACAUUGGAUGAAAAUAAUAAGCUUGAGCACAUUGCUUGGUCUUAUCCAGAUUCUAUCCAUGCAUACAAAGUGUUUGGUGAUGUUGUGGUGUUUGACACAAGUUAUCGCUUGUAUGCAUAUGAUCGGCCUGUUGGGGUUUGGUUUGGUGUUGAUAAUUACGGAAAUGCCAUAUUUUUUGGUUGUGUUCUGUUGCAAAAUGAGAAACAAGAAUCCCUUGGAUGGGCUUUGCAGUCAUUUCUUCAUCUUGUGGAUGGGAAAUUCCCACGAACUAUGCUGACUGAUUUUGAUAUAAGAUUAAGAGAUGCUAUGAUAAGUGAAAUGCCGGGCACUAAACAUGUCUUUGGGAUGUGGCAUGUAACGUCUAAGCUCUCAAGCUGGUUUGCUGCAUCACUUGGUUCUCAGUAUGACAAGUUUGUGUCAGAAUUUCAUAGGCUAGGUAACUUGGAGAGCCCUGAAGAAUUUGAUCAACUUUGGCGUCAGAUGGCUGUGGAUUUUGGAUUAAGCUUAGAUAAACAUGUAGGCAUCCUCUGGUAUCAUCGCACUUAUUGGGCUUUACCUCACUUGCGUGGGUUUUUCUUUGGAGGAUUGUUGACAACCGGUUUGCCUGUGUCAAUGAAGUCUUUUUUCAAAGGUUUCCUGACCUCCAAGAUACAUCUGAAAGAUUUCAUCGAUCAGGUGGCAGUUGCAAUCGAGCUCCAAAAUCAAGCAGGAGAAGAAGCAACCAUGCGACAAAACUAUCAGAAUAUCAAAGCUAAGACAUGCAUGCCCAUCGAAGAACAAGCAUUGAACAUUCUCACACCUUAUGCCUUUGAUUGGUUUCAAAAGGAACUCAUCGCAUCAAACCAAUUCGCUGUAUUCGAAACCCCGAGACAAAGUUACCUUGUUCGACACAGAUUACAAUCUGAUGGAGGUCAUCUCGUAAGUUGUAACGAUUCUGACGAAAAUAUUGAAUGCACAUGUCAAGAAUUCGAGGCCUCUGGAAUACUUUGCAGGCAUUCUUUAAGAGUUCUACAGCUAAAGAACUGCUUUGUUCUGCCCGAUAAAUAUCUUUUACCUCGUUGGAGACGUGAAUGUUCCUUGUUUCCUAGGAGCAGCGGAUAUAGCUACCGAUCAUUGGCUCUGAGAUCACUUGCGUCGAUCAUAAUCCAGGAAUCAUCAAUUACUAAGGAUCGGUUUGAUUAUGUGCAAUGGCAUAUGAGCAAGCUCCUUGGGCAUGUGAGGGAUAUGCCGAAUGUUGAGGAUUUGGGAUCCGAUGUGGAUCAGGGUUGUUCGUCGUUGGAUGCAACGGUGCCUGUUGUUUCUUCGAUGAAGUCUUGUGGCAGAGGGAGGCCGAAGAAGAUGAAGGGGGUUGUAGAAGAAGUACCUAUGGAAAGUUCAUAAUAAUCGAAGGUUUUUCCUUUCCAAUUUGAAAAUGAAGAUGUAUGAUAUUUGUAGAACUGAGUAGAUUGUGUAAGAUGUAAAAGUUUCAAUUUUUCAGCUUUAGUAUUAAUGUUUUACAUAUUUUUUA